AUAUCGCGAUCGGGAACGACGGCUGUAUUUCGGCUCGAUGUCGGCGUCAUUGUCGAAUUCUCAUUCAGACAUCGCUUCGCUUGGCCUGCUUCAAUACUUGGCUUUGCCUAGACAGCUGGCAGCCGUCUGUUUCAAGGAGAUUUUAACAUUUUUAAUUUUUAUGUUAUUUCUCCUCGUACAAACUGUAUUUGGUGAGCACUGAGUGGAGCCAACGGAGUUCAGCGGAUCAACCAACAUAUUAACAGAGACCGAAGCUUUUGAUCUAGGCUUCGCCGUAGUUUUGAUAUGGACUGAUGCUAGCGACCAAACGUGCCAAAAGAUCUGCCUGAGGCCGGCAGCUCACCCACAUUUAUUCACCGCAUGUUCACUUGAUGUUGGCAUGAUUUGUGUUGCUAUUAUUUAUUUAACCCUAACUUCAUUUCAAUAUUUAAUAUAAAAAUUAAGGCGAUUCCAAGCGAAGCGAUGUCUAGCUGAAAGUUUGAACGAUGACGCUGAGAUCAAAUUUAGCCGAAAUACAGCCGUUCGGGAUCGCGAUAUUCAGAAAAGUGAUGAUAUGGUCAUAUAUUUGACCUUGAACUAUGACUGAGAUGAGAACAUAUGUACUGGUGAGUGUAAGCUGUAGCCGACGUAGACAGCGGAACAACCAAUUGUACAAUAGUACUACAGAGACUGAAGCUUUAUUGGUCACGUUUGAGCCUUUACUUCAGCUUGGAACUCAAGUCUAACUUUACGUCAUAAGAAUGGAGUGGCCAAAACAGAUGAUAUUAAUUUGUUUGUUAUCCGUGUGGAUGUGUUCAGCAAUUCCGCUUCCUCAGUACCCAUACAAGGAGAAAUAUUUUGACCAGUCCAUUGACCACUUCAACCUGGAAAGUUAUGGCCAGCGAACUUACCGUCAAAGAUAUUUUGUCACAGAUGAUUACUGGAAGAAAGAUGGACCAGUUUUCUUUUACACCGGCAAUGAAGGUCCCAUUGAAUCUUUCUUUAAUAACACGGGUUAUGUAUUUGACAUCGCCCCGGAGUUUGGAGCCCUCAUCAUUUUUGCUGAACAUAGGUAUUAUGGGAAGAGUCUUCCACUUGGCAACCAGUCUUUCACUGCAUCUAACCUAGGCCUGUUGACGAUAGAGCAAGCCCUUGCCGACUAUGCAACCCUGAUCACAAGCUUGAGAGAGGAUCUAGGGAUCCCGGACUCGCCUGUUGUGGUGUUUGGCGGAAGUUAUGGAGGGAUGCUGAGUGCGUACAUGAGGAUGAAAUACCCUCAUCUAGUGCUGGGAGCCUUGGCAGCCAGUGCUCCUGUUUACAGUACAGCAAACCAGUCAUCACAGACAUACUUCUUCGAGACUGUCACUAAGGAUUUCCAUGACGUUGAUGCAAGAUGCCCUGAUAUUGUGAGGGCGGCCUUUACCAAACUGAAUCAAUUAGCAUCCCAGGGAACUGCAGGUCUGAAGGAAAUCAGUACCACAUUCAAUCUGUGCAAAACGCUUGGAUCCAUGGCGGAAUAUUAUCAUCUCCUUGGCUGGAUCAGGAACUCAUUUACGUACCAGGCCAUGUUGGACUAUCCUUACGCUGCUUCAUUCAUGGGAAACUUACCAGCUAAUCCUGUCAAUGUAUCUUGCCACAUGCUAGUGGAUGCUUCAUCUCCUUUAGAUGGACUAGCACAGGCUUCAGGCUUGUACUACAAUAGUAGCAGCCCACCCCUGAAGUGUUUUGAUAUCUUUGCCGAGUUCAUUCAGUGUGCUGAUCCAACAGGUUGCGGGCUUGGAACCGAUAGCACUGCUUGGGAUUACCAGGCAUGUACUGAGAUCACCUUACCAGCAGGAAGCAAUGGAAUAACGGACAUGUUCCCCAAUAUGCCUUUCACUCCAGACAUGAGGACGUCAUACUGCCAGGCCACAUACAACGUGACCCCGCGACCCGAGUGGUUGAAAAUCCAAGGAUUUGGCAAAGGUCUUGCGAGUUCCUCCAACAUCAUCUUCUCCAACGGUUUACUGGAUCCUUGGAGACUGGGAGGGGUGACAGAGGACCUCUCAGAGAGCAUCAUCGCCAUACCCGUCCCUGGUGGAGCACAUCAUCUGGAUCUUAGAGGAUCUAACCCCAAGGACCCAGAGUCUGUGAUCGAGGCCAGGAACAAAGAAAAAUCUAUCAUCAAAGGUUGGAUCGAUGCAUGGAAUCAACGGAAAGACAAGACAGCAUAAAAAACGCCACCUUCACGGAAUCUUACGGAGAGUUAAGUCCUGCUUCAUAGAUGAAGGCCUGUUUCAUUAGAAAAAAAAACUAUUUGGUAAUUUUGUCAUCCAAUUGUAACCUGAAAUCCUCAUAUUUGUAACCAUGGCAGUUACCAUUGGAUGGAAAAGUUACACAAAUAUAGUUAGCUCUGAGAAAGUAUAGAGGGAUUUAUUUUGUAUAAGGUUGGACUGGCAAUUACAAUUUUUACCAAGGUUUCCCCCGAGGGAUUUACAGUCCAACCGAGGGUGGAAUAAUUUCCACUAAUUUCGACUUUUGAGAGAAACACCAGUACUGACCGCACAGAAACGUUGUUAGCACAAACAAUGUGCUAACAGAGUCCCUGUUAAAAUGGGUAAUGUGGCAGCAAUGCCUAAUGUUCCAAUAAUGCAUGAAAUACCGUACACAUUGCACCACCUGGCCAGUCAUUUAUUUAGAAGACUCAUGAAUAUUCAUAGGAGUUAACACUUGCCAAAUUCUCAUCUGAAAUGUAAUUUAACAAUCAUGCAAUCAGUGGGGUUUUCUUUUUUAAUUAUUGCCUGGUGAAGGUAUAUUUAUGUAUCUAUAUUUACAUGAUCUACAAGCAUUUCAUCCACUUCUCAGGUAUUCUAAAUUGUCUGUGAAAAGAUUUGCUUUCUGGAGACCAGUAGGAGACCAGCUGAUUAUGCUAUAAUAUACAUGUAUGUCAAUAGACCACAGCGUGCACAUGUGCAGUACAGGCCAGUCUAGUCAGCAUGGGGUUCCAUUUUGGGGGUUUAAAAUCUCAGAUAAAAAGCUUGGAUUAAUUUGAUAUGUUAUCUAAUCGUGUAACAAAAUAGGAGUGAUUUUCCAUAAUAUUUGAGGAAGGAGAUAUUAAAACUUUGGUUUGGUAUAGGGUCAGUAAUGUGAACUUUACUUGAGUAUCAUCAAACAUUGCAAUAUUACAAAAGCAUAGUUGUCAUUGAAUGCAUUUUUUACCCAUUAGAAUUUUAAUAUGACAUUUGAAUUUAAAUCUAGUGUCAUUUUUUUUUUUUUCAAAAUUGCUGUUUGAGCACUUACUUUACAUAUUUAGUAAUAAGAUGCAUGUAUUAGAAAGCUUCUAACAAAGAUUAUAUCCUGAUUUAUAAAAAAAAAAAAAAAAAAAAAAUUCCAUGCUUGAUAAGGUGUUUUUUAUAUAAUCAAGACGAAAAUAUGCAGAUAUUCGCAUAGAUAUUAAAUUUUAAUGUAAAAAAAUCAGUAAAUUUAGCCAAUAAAAUACAUUUUAGUUGGGGCUUGUGCAUGGAAUAGUGUCAUGCACUUUUCGUGGAUUUUUUUUUAACUUCUAAAGGUUUCCAUGGCAAAGAAUAAGUCAAUUUGGAAACUUUGUGGUACACAAUGUAUUCUUGAUUGUCUAUUAGCAAUAUAUGUCAUGAGGCUGUGAAAGAAUAUAUGUUUCAAGAGCUUAUUAUAGCAUGAAUAACCUUAACAGUAUUUUUUCUGUGCAAAGUCAAUGGAAUAUGAGGCCUUUAACUGGCGUUUAACAAUGCAAGUAUUUGUGAGUUUAUUUUUCUAUUUUUUGGUGGGGGAUUCCAGUUUGUGAUAUUGAAAACAGAAAAAAAACAUCAUGGAAUUUAGGGAAGUACACAGAAUUCAAAGUUAUUUGAAAAAGUAUGCAAAAACAAUUUGUUUGGAGUUAUGUAGAAAAACUCAGAACAUCAGACCCAUGAGAAAUUCUCAUAUCAUCAUAUGAUAUGAAUUGUGGCAUAAAUAUCAAAUUAUGUCAUGACUUUAUAUUCCAUGCAACUUUGGACCACUUUUUGAAAACUUGAUAAUGCACAUGAGUGGGGCCGGUUGUCUCACCAUUUAUGAACACUUUGGGACAUGUUGAUGAACUUUGUGAACUUAUAUCCAAACUAGUCUUUAGAUGAGUUCUUUUAAAUUAUUCUAUCAAAUAGAUGUGGUAUAAUUAUUGAAAGAGAAAAGAGAGAGUUUAUAUAAUCAUGUACAUUAUAAAAUUGUUACAAGUUUACAUUUUAGAAAGUGGUGCAUCAAAUCCGAAAGGAUGUUUACGUUGUAUAGUUAUUAAAAGAGAAAAGGAGGAGUAUAUAUGAUCAUGUGCAUUAUAAUUCUACCUCUCUACGAAGAGUAGUGCAGCUCUCAGCUCUGUACAUAUUAUACUGAAAUAUGGUACUGGGUUGAGAAAUUAUAUUAACUCAAUGAAUGUGAAUGUUCUGUGUCAUUAAAGCUUCACAUUAUAUGUUAUUGUUUGUCAUUGACAUUAUCUUCAACUCUUUUGUCUUAUAACUCAGUCAUAUUCAAAUGUAGUGUUUGUUGUCACUGUGGCAAUUGUCUUUAUUUCUUUUUAUUGUACCAUCUACUUUUUUUAUCAGGAUACCAUAAUCUGUUCUAAAUCUGUCAUAUUCAAUGGCCCGUAUUCUGAAGUCGGGUUUGAUUUAAACUAUGGUCUAAAUUUACAGUUUAACUAUGGAUAGCCAAUUGUGACAUAAAUCUCUAACAGUAGAGAUUCAGUUUAUCUGCUCAUUUGACUCUGAAAUCAUUCUUAAUUGCCUUAGAAGGACUGAUAAGGCAGUUGUCUUGAACAUUACAGAAUCAAGAAAGAUCAUAGUAAAUACAGGAAACCUACAAUGUGAACUAAAUUGUGACACUUUUUGGCUUCCCAUAAUUUCAGCACAGAGUUAGACAUGGUCUAAGUUGAACCCAAUUACAGAAUCAAGAAAGAUCAUAGUAAACGUAGGAAACAUUUAAUGUAAACUAAAUUUUUGACACUUUUUGGCUUCCCAUAAUUUCAGCACAGAGUUAGACAUGGUCUAAGUUGAACCCAAUUCCAGAAUACGGGUUUUGUUUAUUUUCUUCUAUUUUACAUAUGAAAAUCGUGAAUCAUCAAAUUUGAAAAUGAGAUUUCUUAUAUUCAAACUAUAUAAAGCAAGUACAUAUGUAUUUACAUUUGCAUGUAUGAAGUUGUUCAAGUGAAUUUUUAAAAUGUAAAUGAAUUCUUUAAAUUCUCAUAUUAAAAAUAAACUUUCACACUUUUGAUAUUCCUUCAAUAAAUUGUUAAAUAAUGAUAUAUCUAGUGACAUUUUUAAAAAGAAAUGAAUAUUUUUAACUACAUGUAUUAUUCUGAAUUUGUAUUCAAGAAGAGAAUGAAACCCUGAGAACAAUCUAGCAUUGCCAAUGGAGGAUGUCCAUAGUGAUCUAGACAAUGAAAUGCUCAUAACUUUCUUAAUGAAUAUUUGUUCAAUGUAUCUCAAUCUUUCAUUGAAUUGUUUCUUUUAUUCUUUUUUCUGUUUCACACAACCUAACUUGUUCCGAGUGCUCCAUUCCAUUCUACUUUUACAAGUGUUACACUGUCAUAAAUGUUAUUGUAACAUUACAUGUACUUGUCUGUUUUAUCUCAAAUGACAGUAUACCUUAAGAUCCCAGGGAUACAAGCAUGGUGUGUAUGAAUUUUAUAUUAAAAGAAUAUUAUAUUCCAGAUGAUCUACUUUUUUUACUCAAAAACGCUUAUUGAGAUCUGAAUAAAUACCUGUAUGUAAAACAUGUGAA